ACUGAACGCUGCCAUUCUUCCCAAUAUGAGCUCUCCAGAACAUGAGCAGGACCCCUCUGCCUUCACAGACCCCAGCCAGGACGAAGUGGAUUGUGAAAGCAGUCUUGAAGACAAACAGGGGGAGGUCGCAUGUCUCACAAACAAUGAAGUGAAGAGCCGUGCUGUGGUGAAGUAUUCCGCAGCUCCGCCACCUGCCACCUAUGCCCUGCUUCAGGAGAAGACCGACCUCAAACUGCCCCCUGCCAACUGGCUGAGGCAGAGUGCCCAGCUUGGCUCUGCAGGCACCACUGUGCUGGGCUCCAGCAGUAAGAGCAAGCCCUUCUCUAGCUUCGGUAUGGCCUAUGACUUCAUAGACUCCAUUGGGAAUGAUGUUGAUGUGGUGUCUGAUUCAGAGAACAUAAAGAAGUUGCUGAAGAUUCCGUACAGUAAAUCUCAUGUUAGCAUGGCAGUGCAUCGCGUGGGCAGGACUCUGCUUUUGGAUGAACUAGACGUUCAGGAACUCUUCAUGAGGUCUUCACAGACUGGCGAUUGGACAUGGUUGAAGGAGUUUUACCAGCGGCUCGUUGACCAGAAGUGGCAGAGGAAGAAGAAAAGUAAAGAGCACUGGUAUGAAAAGGCCAUCCUCUCAAAGUUCCUGUACUACAGUAUAAACGGGGAUGGGGCUGCAGAGCCUGUGCCAUCGGGCACGCACGGCUGCCCUGGGGCAGAGGGGCAUUGUGGCGCAGCGCACUGCGCCCCCUCCUGGCCAGCCACAUACAGCAGCUCCAGCUCAGACUCCAACCAGCCCACUGUUCCCAAAGAGGAGCGAGUGGGAACCACGUAUGCGCUCGGCCAUGUCACCUCUGUUCCUAAAGAGCAGAACUUGCCCACCCUCUUUAAUGAGAGAGAGAACAGCCAGGGUUUAAAGAAUGACUUUGUGCGGAACAUUCUCUGGACAUUUGAGGACAUUCACAUGCUGGUGGGAUCCAACAUGCCCAUCUUUGGAGGAGGACGAUACCCUGCAGUCAGCCUGCGACUCAGGGAUAACAACAAACCAAUCAAUGUACUCACUGGUAUUGAUUACUGGCUUGACAAUCUGAUGUGUAAUGUCCCAGAGCUUGUCAUGUGUUUCCAUGUGAACGGCAUAGUUCAGAAGUAUGAGAUGAUAAAAACCGAGGAUAUCCCAGAUCUGGAGAAUUCAACGUUUUCCACUCGAGUGGUGAAAGACAUUGCCCAGAACAUUCUGUCCUUUCUCAAGUCCAGCUGUACCAAAGAGGGUCACACCUACUGGCUCUUUAAGGCCAGUGGGAGUGACAUUGUGAAACUGUAUGAUCUGACUACACUGUGUGAGGAAGCACCUGAGGAAAAAUGUCAGAAUCCCUUCACUCUGCCUGUGGCUGUGCUACUCUACAAGGUGGCCAGCAAUAUGAUGCUGAAAAAAACCCAAAACAGAAAGCAUUAUGGGACCAUCAGAACUCUGCUGCUCAACUGUGUCAAACUGCUGAAGGAAGAGAAGCACCCUCAGAUUAUCGCCUCCGCUCACUAUAUGCUGUCAGAGCUGUUCCAGCUGGAUGACUCAAGUGAGGAUGAGGAGGAAGGUAAUAGUGAGUCUCUGCGCAGCGGUGUUUCAGAAGACAGCUACAGCGAGGAGGAGGAGGAUGAAGAGGAGGAAGAGGACUGCUCGUACAGCGCGGCAGCGGAACUACCGCAGGAAUGCCAGGCCGUGGCUGUUAUUAAAUCCGUGGAGGAGCUCUCCGUCCCCGAGAAGUACAAGUCGACUCACAAGAUCAGACCCAAUUGUUCUUUCCCUGUGCCCCAAGACAAAGAAGAGAAAUGCAGACUGGUCCUUAUCUAUGUCCUAAAGGGGCUGAAGGCAGUGGACAGCAGCAUUAAGAAGGAGAGUGACCUGCCCGCGGCCGACCCCAGCACCCCUAUUCCUCUCAAGUACGAGGCGAGUGGAUCCAGUGCUGUGGAGAAGGAGAUCGCUCUGCUGCUGGACAGAGCUGCUCCACGGGGUGAGGGCCUGCAGGCGCCCACACGCUCUGGUAUGAUGCCUGGCUCCUGGCAGCACCAGCUGAAGUUGCAGCUUUUCCUGAAGGCGUCAAAGGCCUACUACGUGCUGGCCGAGGCCGCCUCCAACCUGCAGAAGUACGGCCGUGGACUGCGCUACAUCAAACUGGCCCUGCAAUGUCACGACGCGUACUGUGCUAUCAGCAGUGGGCUCCACCCGCAUGUCCUGCUCUUCCACAGCCAGUGUCUGUCUCUGUGUGGCGACGUGCAGCUCAUGCUGGCACAAAACGCUUCCAACAGGGCUGCCUACCUGGAGGAGUACAGCUACCAGACCAGGGACGACCAGGAGCUCCUUCACUCCCUGCACCGGGAGAGCUCCUGCCAAGCGUUCAAUAUGGCCACUGACCUGGCCACUGAUCCUGAGUACCAGCUGUUUGUCAGCAGCAAGUGUUAUGAGGCUGCCCAUGACCUUUUGACCUCGGAGCCCCUUAGGGACCUGGGUGUGGAGAAGCUGGCACAGGUUCUGAAGCGUCUCGGUAACAUCCGCAACGAGAUGGGUGUGUUCUACAUGAACCAGGCAGCUGCUCUACAGACUGAGAAGGAUGGGGUGCGCAAGGCUGUGUGUGUGACGGAGCAGGAGCUGUGGAAGAAGAGCUUCUCGUGCUUUGAGAAGGGGAUGCAGAACUUCGAGGCCAUAUCUGAUUCUGUCAACAAGGCCCUGCUGCUGUGCAACAUCGGCAGGCUGAUGCGCAUCUGCGCUCAGGCCCACUGUGCCAUGGCAACAGGGGAGAACCGGGGAGAGUUCUCUCCAGAGGAGGCGCUCUACUACAACAAGGCGGUGGAUUACUAUCAGAAGGCCAUGCAGUGUCUGGGCAGCAGAGAGUGUCAUGCAGCUGUAUGGGACUCUGUGAACUGGGAACUUUCCACCACAUACUUUACCUUGGCUACACUCCUACAGGACUAUGCUCCUCUGUCCCGCAAGGCACAGGAACAGAUUGAGAGGGAAGUAACGGAGGCCAUGGUGAAGUCACUGCGCUACUGUGACCUCCAGACAGAGUCAGCACGGCAACCUCUCUACCAGUACAGGGCGGCAACCAUCCACCACAGACUGGCCUCCAUGUACCACAGCUGCUACCGCAACCAGGUGGGUGAUGAGAGUGUGCGGAAGCAACACAGAUCUCUAGCAGAGCUCCAUUACUCCAAAGCUGUGCGUCUGUUCGUCAGUCUGAGCGACGCCCCCUGUGAACUGCUUCGCACACUGCUGGAGAGAGUUGCCUUCGCAGAGUUCACCAUGACCGGGCAGAGUAGUAGUGCUGUAAAACUAAAGACUCUGACAGGAGCUCUGGACAUCAUGGGUGAAACUCACCAUGCCUUCAUGCUAAUCCACAAAGACCUGCAAGAGCAGCAAAAGAGAGAACUUUUUGGCCGCCUCUCGUCUCUGUUUCUUCAUGUAAAACCAAAUGCUGAGCAAAAGGCAGUGGCACCAGAAGGCCAGGUCAGGCCUGACGGGAGCUCCGAGGGCCUGGAUAGCUCCACAUCAGGCUUCAACAUGCAGGAAGUGCUGAAGCUGAUUGGUGUCUUUGAGGCCAGUUUCUCCUUCUUACUCCUGCAGCUGGUCAAACUCAUAACCACCAGCAAACGCAAAACCAGCAGCAAUAAAGAAGAGGAGCAAGUGAAGGUGUAUAAGCAUGUGUACUCCAGGCUGUUACGAGCAGAUAAGAGCGUCCCCCUGAUUCAGCGUGUAGUCCUCUACCUAGAACUACUGGACCAGCUGACCCACCAGCAUGAGAAAGGACCGUCAGUGUGAAUCUGACAGAUGCUACCAUUGACUCAUCCAUACUCUAUGGUGAAAUAAAGUGGGACAGGCUGUCAGGAAUGGGACCGUCUUCAUUAUUCAACUGGCAGUGCCUUGUUCUCCCCCUCUCAGCUCAUCAUUCACUAGACCUUCGUCCAGCAUGGCCACCAGUUCACCUUUUUUAAUGGAGAAGUUUGAGAUUUUGCUGCAAAACAUUUUUGCUUUGUUUGUGUGGUGACGUCAGAAAUAUUUUCUGAUUACUACUGUGAAUAUUUUGAGAUUACUAGUGUGAACCAAUGAAAACUACCUUUGAAAAAAAAAAAACCACAUUUUACUGGUAUAUAAAGUUAACUUUUGUUAAUGCUUCUGAAGGUCACAAUCUAUACAAACUGAACUUGAAGUGCAAUAAUCAGGCAAUGUUCAGGGCAAGACAGAACACACUUGUCCAGGUUGCAGCUUUUUGUAUCAAUGUGUGUUGACGGGUGUCAUUGCUACUUAUUAAAAUGUUUGAUGCCAUUUUUAAAAUA